AUGGCAGUUGGCAGUUGUUUCUGUGGCAAGAUCCGAGUCGAACACAAUGGCCAACCUAUAACGUCGGCAAUCUGUCACUGUCUCGAUUGUCGCAAGAUUACCGGAUCACUCUAUUCGUGCAAUAUUCUCGUCAAAACCGCCGAAUUGCAGAUCUCCGGAAGUCCGAAAGAACUAUCAAAGACAUCGGAUAGUGGAAACAGUAUUAAGAACUAUUUCUGUCCGGACUGUGGUAUAUAUUGUACUGAAUUCGAGAGGAAGCAUCUGACGAAAGUGAUAGGCACGCCGCUUUUUGGACGGAAGAUAGAGUCUAAUGGAGAACCUAACGAGGUCACAGUUGUCCGGGCAGGAAUAUUCGAUGACCUUGAGAUAUUGAACGAACAGAAGCCUCAGGUCGAAAUCUACGCCGAGAGACGAGUGAAGUGGGUAUGUCCAAUUGAGGGGGCUGCUCAAGUGGAUGGCAUGUUGCCAGUACCAUCCGCAUAA